CACAACGGGAACUCCUCUACCAAUUUUUAUCCCAAGUAUUACUCAGCUCUCUCUCUUCCUUACUAUCUUUUUUAUGAGAGUUGUAACAUUUAUUUCAGGUUCUCUCUCUUUGUUUCUUUUUUGCCUUACCUGUGGCACAUAUACGUUCUAGGACCAGGGAUCGAACCUGCGCCACAGAAGUGACCAGAGCCACAGAGGUGAAAAUGCAGGAGCCUUAACCUGUUAGGGCAUUAUAGAACUUUCCCAUCAUUAACUUUUGAACCUCACUGCAGUGAUUUAGGCUCUGAUCAUCUUGUUAGGAUUCUUGGUUGCAAAUAACAGAAAUCAUCUUUUGGCUAAAUUAAGCAGAAUGGGAAUUUAUUCUAAGGAUAUUGUGUGACUCACAAAAUCAGUGGGAAUGCUAGAGAAUCUGGUUUAGAAAAUGAUCUGAAAUCAUGGGAGAACAUGCCAGGAUCACACCGUUGAACAGUCAGUUUAUGAUGCUGCAGAAUCCCAGUGUCUGCCAUUGCUGAAUUUGUCUAACUUGUCGGUUCUGAAUUUUUGCAUUAUCGCUGCAAAGUCAAAGUUCUCCACAGGAAUGUCCACUUAAAUUAGGUUAAGUUGUGUGCUUAUUUCUGCUUCCCCACCCCCCACUUCAUUCCUCGCUGCCCCAACCCCAGCUCUAUAGUGGGAGGUAAAGAUCCGUCUUCCUUUGAAGACUCUUACCUUGAGCUAUUUCCCCAAUAUGGGAAAGGGAGUUUUGAUUGCUGAGUAGGAAAAAAAAAAAAAGCAAAUAUCCACUAUACAGCUCUUUUCUGGACUACCAUAGCAGCUUCCUAGCUACUUCUGUGUCCUCUGUCCCCUCAUGGCCCAAAUCUAUUCUCUGUCUGGCUCUAACAUCCAGAGUUAGCUAACUAAAAUGCAGUUCUGACUACGUCAUUUCACGUCUCAGUGGCUCCUCAUCCAGCUAUAAGAAAAUACUUUAAUUUGUCACUCAAGGCUUUCCUUAAAGGGUCUCACCCUCACCUCUCCUUUCAGUCUUGUCACCCUCUAAUUUCUUCUUUGCAAUGUACAUUUUGGCAAGACUGAACUGAAGAACUACUUAGAAUUUCUUCUACAUGCGUCAUGCUGUUUUUUCCUUGCUCUGCUUCGUUUUACCUUUUCCUCUUACUGUCCCUACUGCCUGAAUACCCUGUUCUUGUAGCCCACUUUACCUUCCCUAGUUAACUCCUCCUUAUCCUUUAAGAAACUACUUCCUUGAUACCUUUUUCUUGUGUUAAGUCCCUUUCAUCUGUGUUCCUGAAAUAGCCCCUUGUUUAUUUCAUUGCCGUGUCAUCUUGAAAUUGUUUACAUUUGUCACUAUUGUCAUAGUCUCUACUCUUCACCCUCUCCCCACAUGUAUACACAAAUACACUCCUAUCUGUUGUGAGUUCUUUGAAGGUGGAGACUGUCUUAUUCAUCAUUGGUUCUCUAAUACUACCGUAUUACUCCGUUUAUUGUAUACUCAAUAAAUGGUGAGAUAAUGAGGCAUUUGAUAUAGAUCUUAAAAGGUAAGUAAGAUUCUGAUAAGGCAUAGAAAUGGAAUAAGGAUGACAUAAUUUGAAGGCAACAGUAUUAGCUAGGCUUAGAUGAGAAAAAAUAUAUGACAAUAUCAAGUUGUCUUUUUUGGCCAGCAUGUCUGUGUAUCUGUAGAAGAGUAGGAAAUAAGUCUGGGAAGGCAAAAUAUGGUCUUAGGAAUUAUGUUUUAAGUAACAGGGAACCUUUGAAAGUUUUCAAGCAAGGGACUGAUUUGGCCGUUCUGUGUUUUAGGAAAUUAAUCUGGUAGCAGAAAGGAUUAGUAGGGGGAGAGAUCAAUUAUGAAGCUUCUUUCUCUUACACAAGCAACUGUAUAAAUAAAGAAGUGGCAGCAGAAGUAGAGGAGUGAGAUACAUGAAAUUCUGACUUUGCCAUUUUGUUUCAUAAUUGAAUCACUCAGCUCUAAACCUCAGUUUUCUCAUCAGUGCAGGAGGACUGACUUGAUAUGAUUGGCAAGUCUUUGCCAGCUCCAAAAUCUAUGAUAUAUUUACAGGAUAGUCAAUGGGACUUUGCAAAUGACUUAACGGUGGAUACAAGAAGAGGUUUCAGAGGCGCCUUUGAGGUUUCGAGCCUCAAUGAAUGGGAAAACAGUAUUGCUUGUUUGAGUGGGGAUUGUGUGUCCUUAGCAUUAGUGGCAGUAAGAUCUUCAAAAAUAGAUCCAAGGCCAGGUUGAUCUUCUUCCUUCUUUGUGUCCUAGAGCACAAAAAAAUAGGAUUUCAGCAGAAACUAGUGGUCAGGAGGUAAGCAGCUGUUUUUAUUAACAGUUUACUUUGGGGUAAUUUAAGCUUGCCCACCAUGGUUCUGAGGUUAGCCACCCUGGGGAAUUCGAGUGCUCUCAAGUGCCAUGGCAAACUGGACACUGGCCCAUAUGUCAGAGGGGCUGAGUUUCAAGAGAAGAAGUGAAGACCAGGUUUGGGGGUGAGGAGUGGGUGUGUCUCUUGGAGAGAGGUGCUGGGAAUUGUUCGUGGGUGCCUGGGGUUCCUUUCUAGAAAGUGAUACGGCUGCCCAAGGGUCAGAGUAUCAAGAAUGCAGUUUGGUUUGUGGCAGAGAGUGUCUUUUAAAAGUAAAAGGCUCCAAUGCUCCAGCAAUUGGGCGGACUCACUCCUACGAUGAGGGCAGAUUUGGCCCCUUUUAAUGGGUCGUGGAAUAAGGUGUAGUCACUACAGCAGAGGAGUUGACAGGGCUGCUAGAAGAGAAUCCAGAGGGGGGAGGAGUUGGCCUAGUGUGGAACCCUCCCUCCCGAGUUUAGACUUUGGUGUGCAGAAUACAGUAUAGGUGGUGGAGGAAUUUAAUCCCCAGGACCAGUUUCCCGUAGCUUGAGACCGUUUCUCUGGCCAGCACACCCCCAGUCCCUUUUCUUUUUUUUUAAGCAAGCUGCAGGCUUCGCCUCGGCCCUAGAAACCGGAUAGGCCUCUCCGUGCGCUCUCAACCUAACCCCGCGGCGACGGGGGAGGGGGAAGCUCUGUUUAGUCCCACCCUUUGCGCUGUUUUGCGUCUUUGCGCCCAUGGUGAGUGGCAGUGGAGCUUAGCCAAUGGGGACGCGGGGCGGGCAGGAGCAUCAAGUUAGGCUGCGCAGGAGGAGGGGGAACUGGUGCUGGAGAGACAGCGAGAGGGGCGAAUCGGCCCCCCACGGCCGCUGCAGGAGUUCCACCAUCUUCCUCUGAAGACCUAGCCAUCUUGCUCUAUGAAGGUCAGGACAAUCUGACAUGCACUUGUUUCUUGCCUCUUUAUGUGAAGAGUAGUCCUCUUCCAUUGUGUACAUUUUUUUCUUAAUAGGGGAGGGGAGGGGAGAGCCAGUACCCCCCCUCCCCUUCCCUCCCUAGACCUUGGGGAAGUACCCCCAUUACUUUCCCAAGAUGGCAGACCCCAUCAUGGAUCUGUUUGAUGACCCAAAUUUAUUUGGCCUGGACUCUCUGACUGAUGACAGCUUCAAUCAAGUCACGCAAGAUCCUAUUGAGGAAGCUCUUGGACUGCCAAGCUCUCUGGACUCCUUGGAUCAGAUGAACCAGGAUGGUGGAGGUGGUGAUGUGGGGAAUUCAUCAGCAAGUGACUUGGUCCCCCCACCAGAGGAAACAACCCCCACAGAACUUCCCAAAGAAUCAGCAGCUCCAGCUCCAGAAUCUUUAACCUUGCAUGAUUAUACCACUCAGCCUGUCAGCCAAGAGCAGCCAGCCCAACCUGUCUUACAGACACCGACGCCAACAUCAGGACUUUUGCAGGUCUCCAAGAGCCAGGAGAUCUUGAGCCAAGGGAAUCCUUUCAUGGGUGUCUCUGCCACAGCUGUCUCCUCCAGUAGUGCUGGAGGGCAACCAUCUCAGUCAGCCCCUAAGAUUGUUAUUCUUAAGGCCCCACCAAGCUCCUCAGUCACUGGUGCCCAUGUGGCACAAAUUCAGGCCCAAGGUAUCACCAGCACAGCUCAGCCCCUCGUGGCAGGCACAGCCAAUGGUGGAAAAGUCACUUUUACCAAAGUGCUAACCGGCACUCCCCUUCGACCUGGUGUUUCCAUUGUCUCUGGUAAUACAGUGUUGGCUGCCAAGGUCCCUGGGAACCAGGCUACUGUUCAGCGCAUUGUCCAGCCCAGCCGACCAGUAAAGCAGCUGGUUCUACAGCCAGUUAAGGGUUCAGCUCCUGCUGGAAACCCUGGGGCCACAGGGCCCCCACUGAAGCCUGCAGUUACACUGACCUCUACACCUACCCAGGGUGAAUCAAAACGCAUCACGCUGGUCCUCCAGCAGCCACAGUCUGGAGGUCCCCAAGGACACCGGCAUGUCGUGCUAGGGAGUCUACCAGGCAAGAUAGUGUUACAGGGCAACCAGCUAGCAGCCCUGACUCAAGCCAAGAAUGCCCAGGGGCAGCCUGCCAAAGUAGUAACUAUCCAGCUGCAGGUGCAGCAGCCGCAGCAGAAAAUCCAGAUUGUACCACAGCCUCCAUCAUCACAGCCACAACCCCAGCAGCCACCCUCAACCCAGCCAGUGGCUCUCUCCUCUGUGCAACAGGCUCAGAUAAUGGGACCAGGACAGGGCCCAGGACAAAGACUUUCAGUACCACUCAAGGUGGUGCUGCAGCCACAGGCCGGCUCUUCCCAAGGGGCAUCUUCUGGGCUCUCUGUAGUUAAAGUUCUAAGUGCCAGUGAAGUGGCAGCUCUGUCCUCACCAGCAAGCUCUACCCCUCAUACUGGGGGCAAGACGGGAAUUGAAGAAAACCGUAGGCUGGAGCACCAGAAGAAACAAGAGAAAGCAAAUCGGAUUGUAGCAGAGGCCAUUGCUAGGGCCCGUGCUCGGGGUGAACAGAAUAUACCUCGAGUCCUGAAUGAGGAUGAGUUGCCCAGUGUUCGGCCUGAGGAGGAGGGUGAAAAGAAACGCAGGAAGAAGAGCAGUGGGGAGAGGCUCAAAGAAGAAAAGCCAAAGAAGAGCAAAACAUCUGGUACCUCCAAAACCAAGGGCAAGAGUAAGCUAAACACCAUCACUCCUGUGGUGGGUAAGAAGAGAAAGCGUAAUACCUCAUCUGAUAAUUCAGAUGUGGAAGUCAUGCCUGCACAAUCACCCCGGGAAGAUGAAGAAAGCAGCAUUCAGAAGAGACGUUCAAACCGCCAAGUUAAGCGGAAAAAAUAUACAGAGGACCUGGAUAUAAAGAUCACUGAUGAUGAAGAAGAAGAAGAAGUAGAUGUAACUGGUCCAAUCAAAACUGAGCCUAUCCUCCCUGAGCCAGUGCAGGAACCAGAUGGCGAGACUUUGCCUUCCAUGCAAUUCUUUGUGGAGAAUCCCAGUGAAGAAGAUGCAGCCAUUGUAGACAAAGUGCUUUCUAUGCGGAUUGUGAAGAAGGAGCUUCCUUCUGGACAAUAUACUGAAGCAGAAGAAUUCUUUGUCAAGUACAAGAACUACUCCUAUCUGCACUGUGAAUGGGCUACCAUCUCUCAACUAGAGAAGGAUAAGAGGAUCCAUCAAAAACUAAAGCGCUUCAAAACCAAAAUGGCUCAGAUGAGACACUUCUUCCAUGAGGAUGAAGAGCCCUUCAACCCGGAUUAUGUAGAGGUGGACAGGAUAUUGGAUGAGUCUCACAGUAUUGACAAGGACAAUGGGGAGCCUGUAAUUUACUACCUGGUGAAAUGGUGCUCUCUGCCUUAUGAGGAUAGUACAUGGGAGUUAAAAGAAGACGUUGAUGAAGGCAAGAUUCGAGAAUUUAAACGGAUCCAGUCAAGGCACCCAGAACUCAAAAGGGUGAAUCGUCCGCAGGCAAGUGCCUGGAAGAAGUUGGAGUUGUCACAUGAAUAUAAAAACAGAAACCAAUUGCGGGAAUAUCAGUUGGAAGGGGUCAAUUGGCUGCUCUUUAAUUGGUAUAACAGGCAGAACUGCAUCCUAGCUGAUGAGAUGGGAUUGGGCAAAACCAUUCAGUCCAUUGCCUUCUUGCAGGAGGUAUAUAAUGUGGGCAUCCAUGGUCCCUUCUUGGUCAUUGCCCCACUGUCCACAAUUACUAACUGGGAGCGAGAAUUCAACACAUGGACAGAGAUGAACACUAUCGUGUACCACGGCAGUCUGGCCAGUCGGCAGAUGAUUCAGCAGUAUGAAAUGUACUGCAAAGACUCACGGGGGCGCCUCAUCCCAGGUGCAUACAAGUUUGAUGCCCUAAUCACCACUUUUGAGAUGAUUUUGUCAGACUGUCCUGAACUUCGUGAGAUUGAAUGGCGUUGUGUCAUCAUUGAUGAGGCCCAUCGACUAAAGAACCGUAAUUGCAAGCUGCUUGAUAGUCUCAAGCACAUGGACCUGGAGCACAAAGUUCUACUCACAGGGACACCAUUGCAAAAUACUGUGGAGGAACUGUUUAGCUUGCUUCAUUUCUUGGAACCUUCACAGUUUCCAUCAGAAUCAGAAUUCCUCAAGGACUUUGGGGAUCUCAAGACAGAGGAACAGGUUCAAAAGCUACAAGCCAUCCUCAAACCAAUGAUGCUGAGAAGACUUAAAGAGGAUGUUGAAAAAAACCUGGCACCCAAACAAGAAACUAUUAUUGAAGUAGAGCUGACCAACAUUCAGAAGAAAUACUACCGGGCUAUUUUGGAGAAGAAUUUCUCCUUUCUUUCCAAAGGGGCAGGUCAUACUAAUAUGCCUAAUCUACUCAAUACAAUGAUGGAGUUGCGCAAAUGCUGCAACCACCCAUAUCUCAUCAAUGGUGCAGAAGAAAAAAUCCUAACAGAAUUUCGAGAAGCUUGCCAUAUCAUACCUCAUGACUUCCACUUGCAGGCCAUGGUUCGUUCAGCUGGCAAAUUGGUUCUUAUUGACAAGUUACUUCCCAAACUUAAAGCUGGUGGCCAUAAGGUUCUGAUCUUCUCCCAGAUGGUACGCUGCCUAGAUAUCCUAGAGGAUUAUCUUAUCCAAAGGAGGUACUUAUAUGAGCGUAUUGAUGGACGAGUUAGAGGCAACCUUCGGCAGGCUGCUAUUGAUCGCUUUAGUAAGCCUGACUCAGACCGAUUUGUCUUUUUGCUAUGCACCCGGGCCGGUGGACUUGGCAUUAAUCUCACAGCUGCAGAUACUUGCAUUAUCUUUGAUUCAGACUGGAAUCCACAAAAUGAUCUGCAGGCCCAAGCACGGUGUCAUCGAAUUGGGCAGAGCAAAGCUGUGAAGGUGUACCGUCUCAUCACUCGUAAUUCUUAUGAGAGAGAGAUGUUUGAUAAGGCUAGCCUCAAGUUGGGAUUGGAUAAAGCUGUACUUCAGUCCAUGAGUGGUCGGGAUGGCAACAUUACUGGAAUCCAGCAGUUUUCCAAGAAGGAGAUUGAAGAUCUCUUACGAAAAGGAGCGUAUGCAGCCAUAAUGGAGGAAGAUGAUGAGGGCUCCAAGUUUUGUGAAGAGGACAUUGACCAGAUCUUGCUAAGACGAACCACUACCAUCACCAUUGAAUCUGAAGGAAAGGGUUCUACCUUUGCCAAGGCAAGCUUUGUUGCUUCGGAAAAUAGAACAGAUAUUUCUCUGGAUGACCCCAACUUUUGGCAAAAAUGGGCCAAGAAGGCUGACCUGGACAUGGAUCUACUUAAUAGUAAGAAUAACUUGGUGAUUGACACACCUAGAGUACGAAAACAGACCCGCCACUUCAGCACUCUGAAAGAUGAUGACCUAGUGGAAUUCUCUGAUUUGGAAAGUGAAGAUGAUGAGCGACCACGCUCUCGCCGACAUGACCGUCAUCAUACUUAUGGGCGCACUGACUGCUUUCGGGUGGAAAAGCACCUCCUGGUGUAUGGUUGGGGACGGUGGCGAGAUAUUCUGUCUCAUGGACGCUUCAAGCGACGUAUGACUGAAAGAGAUGUGGAAACAAUUUGCCGGGCCAUCCUCGUGUAUUGUCUCCUACACUAUCGUGGGGACGAAAAUAUCAAAGGCUUCAUUUGGGACUUGAUUAGCCCUGCUGAAAAUGGCAAGACAAAAGAAUUGCAGAAUCAUUCAGGUCUAUCUAUCCCUGUGCCCCGUGGACGCAAGGGGAAAAAAGUAAAGUCACAAAGCACUUUUGAUAUCCAUAAGGCAGACUGGAUCCGGAAAUAUAACCCUGAUACUCUGUUCCAAGAUGAGAGUUAUAAGAAGCACUUGAAACAUCAGUGUAACAAGGUGCUGUUGCGGGUACGAAUGUUAUACUAUCUGAGACAGGAGGUUAUUGGAGACCAGGCAGAGAAGGUGUUAGGUGGUGCCAUUGCCAGUGAGAUUGACAUAUGGUUCCCAGUAGUGGAUCAGCUGGAGGUUCCAACAACAUGGUGGGACAGUGAGGCUGAUAAGUCCCUGCUCAUUGGAGUCUUUAAGCAUGGCUAUGAAAAAUAUAAUACUAUGAGGGCAGAUCCAGCCUUAUGCUUCCUAGAAAAGGCUGGCCGACCAGAUGACAAAGCCAUUGCAGCAGAACAUCGAGUGCUGGAUAAUUUUUCUGACAUAGUAGAAGGGGUUGACUUUGAUAAAGAUUGUGAAGAUCCUGAAUAUAAACCACUCCAGGGUCCCCCAAAGGACCAAGAUGAUGAGGGUGAUCCCUUGAUGAUGAUGGAUGAGGAGAUCUCAGUGAUUGAUGGAGAUGAAGGUAAACUUCUAAGUAAACUAGUACAAUUUGUGUGGAGUGGUGGGAUUGGGGAAUUGUCUGAAUUCUGUCCUUUCUUGGGAUUUCUGAGAGCUUUGCCUUUGGGAGGGUUGAAAUACCAGUACUCUAUUUGCUUCUUUUCCUGUCCUGUUUAUUCUACUUUGCUUCCUACAGCCCAGGUGACCCAACAGCCAGGCCAUCUAUUCUGGCCUCCAGGCUCUGCUUUGACAGCUAGGCUUCGGCGCCUAGUGACAGCCUAUCAACGCAGCUACAAAAGAGAACAGAUGAAGAUAGAGGCUGCAGAACGGGGGGAUCGGAGGAGGCGUCGUUGUGAGGCAGCCUUCAAGCUAAAAGAAAUUGCACGGCGGGAGAAACAGCAACGAUGGACAAGGCGUGAACAAACUGAUUUCUAUCGAGUAGUUUCUACCUUUGGUGUGGAGUAUGACCCUGACACGAUGCAGUUCCAUUGGGAUCGCUUCCGCACUUUUGCCCGACUGGACAAAAAAACAGAUGAAAGCCUUACCAAGUAUUUUCAUGGCUUUGUGGCCAUGUGCCGCCAAGUGUGCCGCCUUCCCCCAGCAGCUGGAGACGAACCUCCAGACCCUAAUCUGUUCAUUGAGCCCAUCACUGAGGAAAGGGCCUCAAGGACACUCUACCGUAUUGAAUUGCUUCGGCGCUUACGGGAACAAGUUUUGUGCCACCCUCUUUUGGAAGAUCGGCUGGCAUUAUGUCAGCCUCCAGGUCCUGAAUUGCCCAAAUGGUGGGAGCCUGUUCGGCAUGAUGGGGAGCUUCUACGAGGGGCAGCCCGCCACGGGGUGAGCCAAACAGACUGCAACAUCAUGCAGGACCCAGACUUCUCUUUUCUGGCUGCCCGUAUGAAUUAUAUGCAGAACCAUCAGGCAGGAGCACCAGCUCCAUCCCUGUCACGCUGCUCUACUCCACUGCUACACCAGCAGUAUACCUCACGCACUGCCUCACCACUGCCCCUGCGCCCAGAUGCUCCUGUUGAAAAGCCACCUGAGGAGACAGCUGCCCAGGUGCCCAGUCUGGAGAGUCUGACUUUAAAGCUAGAGCAUGAGGUGGUGGCCAGGAGCCGACCAACCCCACAAGACUAUGAGAUGCGAGUAGCCCCCUCUGAUACUACCCCUCUGGUUUCCCGGAGUGUUCCACCAGUCAAACUGGAGGAUGAGGAUGAUUCAGACUCUGAGCUGGACUUGAGCAAGCUGUCACCAUCAUCCUCUUCUUCCUCAUCCUCAUCCAGCUCCAGCUCCAGCACUGAUGAGAGUGAGGACGAGAAGGAAGAGAAGCUAACUGCUGACCGGUCCCGCUCAAAACUCUAUGAUGAAGAGAGUCUCCUGUCCCUCACUAUGUCCCAAGAUGGAUUCCCAAAUGAAGAUGGAGAACAAAUGACCCCUGAACUUCUGCUGCUACAAGAAAGACAGAGAGCCUCUGAGUGGCCCAAGGAUCGUGUCCUGAUAAACCGUAUUGACCUCGUCUGCCAGGCUGUACUCUCAGGGAAGUGGCCUUCUAGCCGCAGGAGCCAAGAAAUGGUAACAGGAGGAAUGCUGGGGCCAGGCAACCACUUGCUAGACAGUCCUUCCUUGACUCCAGGAGAAUAUGGUGAUUCUCCAGUCCCCACACCACGAAGUAGCAGUGCAGCUUCCAUGGCAGAGGAGGAAGUGUCUGCAGUCACCACAGCAGCAGCUCAGUUCACCAAACUUCGCCGAGGCAUGGAUGAGAAGGAGUUUACGGUUCAGAUCAAAGAUGAGGAAGGAUUGAAGUUAACAUUCCAGAAGCACAAGUUGAUGGCUAAUGGAGUAAUGGGAGAUGGACAUCCUCUUUUUCAUAAGAAGAAAGGGAACAGAAAGAAGCUAGUUGAGCUGGAGGUGGAAUGCAUGGAAGAGCCUAAUCACCUUGAUGUGGACCUGGAGACCCGGAUCCCUGUCAUCAAUAAGGUGGAUGGUACUUUGCUGGUGGGUGAGGAUGCCCCUCGCCGGGCUGAACUGGAGAUGUGGUUACAGGGUCAUCCAGAGUUCGCUGUCGAUCCCCGAUUUCUAGCGUAUAUGGAGGAUCGCAGAAAACAGAAAUGGCAGAGAUGUAAAAAAAAUAAUAAGGCAGAAUUGAACUGUUUGGGAAUGGAACCAGUACAGACAGCUAACUCUAGGAAUGGGAAAAAGGGUCAUCAUACUGAAACUGUGUUCAACCGGGUUUUGCCAGGGCCUAUUGCACCAGACAGCAGCAAGAAGCGGGCCCGUAGGACACGACCCGACCUUUCUAAGAUGAUGGCCCUGAUGCAGGGUGGAGGCACUGGGUCCCUGUCUCUGCAUAAUACCUUCCAGCACAGCAGUAGUGGCCUGCAGUCUGUGUCAUCUCUGGGUCACAGCAGUGCCACUUCUGCAUCUUUGCCUUUUAUGCCGUUUGUGAUGGGUGGUGCAGCAUCAUCCCCUCAUGUAGACUCCAGCACCAUGCUUCAUCACCACCACCACCACCCCCACCCUCACCAUCACCACCAUCACCAUCCAGGCCUGAGAGCCACUGGCUACCCUUCUUCACCAGCCACUACCACCUCUGGUACUGCCUUGAGGUUGCCACCACUGCAGCCUGAGGAAGAUGAGGACGAUGAGGAUGAAGAUGAUGAUGAUGAUUUAUCUCAGGGCUAUGAUAGCUCAGAAAGGGACUUCUCACUCAUUGAUGAUCCUAUGAUGCCAGCCAACUCAGACUCCAGCGAAGAUGCUGAUGACUGAAGCCCCAGCAUGGUCCCCAUUGCUUGGGUGGCGGCUAUACUUUCAUUUACUCUGGCCCUUGGACUAUGGAAAAGUGGGAGGGGCAGGGGAGAUGUGGGGAAACCCAGGACUCCAGGAGGUGACAAGGAAAAAGAAAACGUGUACCUGAUUACUUCCAAAUUUGAAAGGAUCGGGUGGGUAGGGGAACUCCUAAAAUAAUACGUGGCUACUUCCUCCUUUCUGGGGAAGGAAAGGAGACUAGAGCAGCUGAUAUGCUCACCCCUCCCUAGACACCUCCAUUAACCACAGACUAUGUAGCGCCGGCACUAGCCUCUGGCAGAGCCUGUUCCUGACCGAACUGUGGAUACAGCUGGAGGGUCAGGAACUGUUACCUUCCUUCCCCUUGGCAUUAAUAAAUUUAAGUUAAUCCUUU